AUGGAGGAAAACUCUGAAUUAUGUAAACCUGGGAAGCAACUAAAUGAUUUGCUUAAAUUGGAGCAGGGUGACAUCCUGUGCUCUAGCACUAACGAUUACAUAGUGCAGGAAUUGUUGGGCAGCGGCUCCUUUGGAAACGUUGUGAAGGGUGUUAUAAGAGCAACCAACGAAAAUGUGGCAAUUAAAAUCUUGAAGGACCACCCACGUGUUGUUAAAUAUGCUAAGGCUGAGGUGGAAAUCCUCUCCCAGCUGAACAAGGAAAACCCAGACAAAUUUAACGUUGUUAAGCACUAUGAGUAUUUCCAACACAACGAUAACAUCUGCCUUGUGUUCGAGAUGUUAGAUAUCAGCCUAUACGACUUUAUUAAGAAACGCAACAAUAGGCCGCUUCCUGUGAGACACAUACGCCCUAUUGUGCAGCAGGUGGGCAAUGCACUCGAUAAACUAAAGAGUCUACAGAUAAUUCAUACCGACUUGAAGCCAGAGAAUAUCAUGUUGGUAAACACGUCCAAGUACCCAUUCAAGAUCAAGGUCAUAGACUUUGGUUGUGCCAUCCAUACAUCCAAGGUUCGAGUUCCAAGUUACAUACAAACAAGAUACUAUAGGUCCCCAGAAAUAAUAUUAGCAUUACCGUUCUCGGAGGCUAUCGACAUGUGGUCUGUGGGGUGUAUCAUGGCAGAGCUUUUUACAGGAUAUCCAUUGUAUCCUGGAUCAUCUGAGUAUGAUCAGAUCCGCUACAUCACUGAGACCCAGGGUUUGCCCCCUGAUAACAUGCUCAAUUUGGGAGCAAAGACCGAGGAUUACUUUAGAAACGACAGCGAAUGUGAGGUUUUAUUAUGGAGUUUAAAGAGUGAAAACCACUACGAAUAUGAGACUGGUAUUAGUCCAGUGGAAACAAGGAGAUAUGUCUUCAGCUCUCUUGAUGAUAUGAGGAAGGUAAUUUUACCAUUAAAGUUGGUGAGCAGUGACACGCUGGUGGAGAUGGGAGACGUAUGGCAGUUUAUUGAUCUGCUGAAGGAAAUGCUUACUAUGGACCCAGACAAGAGAAUAACUCCGAUAGGCCUUCUCAGCCAUCCCUUCAUAACCAUGGCACAUCUCCAGCACUUUGCACGGAGUUCAUACGUAAAUCAUUGCUUCCAGGCCAUGGAGAUAAACAAAGAACAGGAGGUGUGUCCCGAGUCAGAGUCAUCGAAUGAAGAGGAAAAAGAGAAGGAUUACAACGAGAGACUUCUGGAACUUCAAUGUGCAGCUGAAGAUGUAAUGGUUUCUCCAGCUUGUGGGAUGGGGAUCAUUAUUCAUAACUCUAAUUAUAACGUGAACACAGACAUAGAACAGGAGAUGUGGCCUGAUCCUCCAGAAAUGGAGACAGAGUCAUCGAAUGAAGAGGAAAAAGAGAAGGAUUACAACGGGAGACUUCUGGAACUUCAAUGUGCAGUUGAAGAUGUAAUGGUUUCUCCAGCUUGUGGGAUGGAGAUCAUUAUUCAUAACUCUAAUUAUAACGUGAACACAGACAUAGAACAGGUGUGUUUCGAGUCUCCAGAAAUGGAGACAGAGUCAUCGAAUGAAGAGGAAAAAGAGAAGGAUUACAACGGGAGACUUCUGGAACUUGAGGUGUGGCCUGAUCCUCCAGAAAUGGAGACAGAGUCAUCGAAUGAAGAGGAAAAAGAGAAGGAUUACAACGGGAGACUUCUGGAACUUCAAUGUGCAGCUGAAGAUGUAAUGGUUUCUCCAGCUUGUGGGAUGGGGAUCAUUAUUCAUAACUCUAAUUAUAACGUGAACACAGACAUAGAACAGGUGUGUUUCGAGUCUCCAGAAAUGGAGACAGAGUCAUCGAAUGAAGAGGAAAAAGAGAAGGAUUACAACGGGAGACUUCUGGAACUUGUGAGUGCUUCCAUGGGUGUAACUGGGUGCAAGAAUCAAAGAAUCUCAGUCCCCCCUAAGUCCCCCCUAAUGCAUCUGAGUGAGAUGAUGGGAUGA